CAGACACGCGUCCGAGAAUACAACCGGAAUAGAAGUCAGUCUGCGGGGGAUGAUCUCCGCCGCCGCAGCAGCUCGACGCGCCGCUCCUCCGUGAGGACGCAGCGGCUUUUGUUACCGGUGUCCCGGUGCGCGAUGGAGGCCGCGGUGCUGAACCGCGCCACGAUGCCGGAGGCGGACCGCAACAGCAGCGCCGUGAACGCCGAGUUGGAGGUGAAGAAGCUGCAGCAGCUGGUCCGCAAGCUCGAGCUGCAGAACGCGCAGCUGAGGACCCGGUACCGCGACCCGGGCGGGUACCGUCUCCACAGCCCCCCGCCGUCCUCCGGGUCAUUGUCGCCCCCGGAGGAGCCUUUAGACUAUUUCCACCCGCACGCAGGCGGAGAUGGAGCAGCUGAGGAGGAGGAGGAGGAGGACGGAGGGGCAUCCGAACCGUCGGUUCUGGAUGAGCUUGAACUUUUGGACUUCGAUCUGCUGCGCUGCGCGGACGAGUCCGACGAAACAUGGUUAUACGUGUCAUCAAAAGCCCGAGAGCCCAGGGACGGCUCCCUCACCCCCCUGCAGUGGUGCCGGCGGGGGCUCCGCUGCCCCGAGUCAGAGGUGGAGGCCGCCAGAAGAUCACUGUCCCUCCGCCUGGAGCAAGUCUCCAGGUGGCGCAGCUCCCUGUCCAGCCCCUUCCCCACCUCCUCCCCUGUCCCUCCUCUGAGGCAAGUGGCCGGAGGGGCCCCCGUCAGUUCUCCCAGAUCUUGCUCCACCCCGCAGUCGUCGGAGCGACACGCUCCGCCCUUCUCCUCCCCGCUCCACCCGGGCCUCCAUCGGGCGCUGAGUCCUGUAGGGAAGUACCUCCCCCCCGUAUCCGAGAGGACCCCCGCGUUCGUCCCCGCCUACCGCAGUGUCCGGCGCUCCGCCCUCAGCGCCCAGGCCUCCGUGGACGGCGACCUCGGCGCUUCGGGGCUGGAGGAGGACUCCAUCGCUCUGGGAUACAAGCUGCAGGACCUCACCGACGUCCAGGUCAUGGCCCGCCUGCAGGAGGAGAGUCUAAGGCAGGACUACGCCUGCACGUCGUCCCUGCUGGCCAACCGCCGCAGCCAGAGCUUCACCUUCCAGCUCAGCGCCGGCCGCGACCCGGACGACGAGGAGGAGGAGGAGGACGACGACGACGAAGAUUACGGCCUCCUGCCGCCGCCGCAGCCGCGCCUCACCCGCCUGCCGCACUCCCGCACCUUCUCCAGCAUCCGAGACUGGCGAAGAAGCACCGGCUCCCUGUCAACCCCGCCCUCCACCCCGGGCACGCCGCCGUGCCCUUCCAUGGGGUUCGCCUUUCAACCUCAGCUGCAGCCACCGGGACCGGGACCAGGACCGGGACCGGGCCCAGGACUGUGCAGCCCAUGCGCAGCCGAGCAGCAUGGCUUCAGGCCGGGGUCAGCUAAGCUGCGGAGGAGCAUGCCCAACCUCGUCCGAGCUCCCAGCAUGCCUUGUGUGCCCAGUGCCUCCCCCUCUCUGCUUCGUAACAGCCAGAGCUUUGACUCGUGCGGCGCGCUGGCCCCCCUGCACUCCUCCGUCCCCCCCCCAGGCCAGCUGCAGCACCGGGUCCACAGCGCGGGCCACCUCCCCUCGUUGCCGCGGCGGCCGGUGAAGGCCACCGCCUACGUCAGUCCCACCAUCAAGGGCUCGGCCGCCACCUCGGCCCCCGACUGUUUCGGUCUGGGCGGCGCCAGCGGCAUCCCGAUGCUCAGUAAGACUCCAGGUGGGGCGGGGGCGCCGGCCUCCGCCCCGAACCACACGCCCCGCAGCGGCCUGCCCCGCCCCGCCUCCCUGUUUGGCCCCCAGAGCUCCGCCCCCAGGGGCAAGUUGGGCCAACCGCCACGGAGCUUGCUGACCCCCCCGAAGAGCUUCUCCACCCUCAGUGCCCUUCGGGACAGCAGCUGGAGAGACGGGUGCUACUGAUGAAUGGCUGCCUGGUGCAGCGGCGAACCCCCCCCCCCCCCCC